CCGAUUUCUUCUUUCUUCAACCUCAACAGGCUCACGGCAGCAGGCUCACGACAUCCAGUAUCAGAGUAGCGAUGGCACCCAAGAUUCUCGACUUCGGAUGUGCCGUCAUCACUGGCGGAAGUGGGGGUCUCGGCUACGCCAUGGCCGAGUACUUUAUCAAGACUGGAAAGCAGGUGAUCAUCAUCGGACGGACCGAGGCGAAGCUCAAAGACGCCAGUGAAAAACUCGGCAAUGGCACCAAGUUCUACACGCUCGACACGGGUGACACGAAGGCCACCGAGACUGUGUCCAAGACCAUCAUCUCGGAGCACCCAGAGGUAGACUGUCUCAUUCUCAACGCAGGCGUGCAGACGCCCCUCGACGUCAACAGCCUCGACUUGGCCAAGGUGGAUGCGGAAAUCAAUUCUAACAUUCGAGGUCCGGUCCACAUGGCCACACACUUUCUCGACCACCUCAAAUCCAAGCCUAUGGGUGUCAUCAUGAACGUCUCGAGCGUGCUCGGCUUCAGUCCUUACUCGAUCAUCAAUCCAGUCUACAACGGCACAAAGGCAUUUGUGCACUUCUGGUCUCUUGCUCAGCGUACGCAGCUCAAGCACACCAACAUUCGUGUCGUCGAGAUUGUCCCUCCGAGCGUUGGCACGGACCUACAUCGCGAUCGCGUAAACCCAGACGACAACAAAAAGCACAAGGGCGCAAGCAAAAGCCUCACUGUCGAAGAGUUCAUGGCCGACUUUCAAAGGGACCUCGAGCAAGACAAGGACCUGGUCACGGCUGGCUCGGGCUACGAAUUGACGCAGCGGUGGGCGGACACAUUGGGAAAGGAGCACAAGGCCUCAGAUGAAGCCUACAAGCCAGAAGCUGCCGAGCCAUACCGGGCAAAGAAGAAGUAGAUGCACGAUAGAUGUAGUGGGGAGAAGGCAAUAAAUAGACGUCUGAUGUCGCAGUGACCUCUAUUAGCGAAGUCGAAGAGGCAAGUCUCGUCUCCCUUCGUCGUCGUGAAGCCUCAUCCCACAGAUGACAGUCGCGCAGCGACGUUUUCUUCCUGAGGGUAUUGCGCCAUACUCCAUCAAAGCUUCUCGUUGUUUGUGCCUGAACAACGUAAGAUCUGACACGAG